AUGGUCUCAGUGGCAUGUGUGAAUGGUGGAGCGUUUCUGGAACCUUCAUCCUCUGUGUUUGGAACAGCAGAAGGAGAGACCCGUCUGCCCUGUCAGUUAAAUGCGUUGGAACUUGAACUGAAAGAUAAAUUUAACGUUGUUCAAGUUAGCUGGACACGGAAUAACAAAGAUGGCACAGAACAGCAGAUCAUAACAGCUCAUCAUUUGGAAGGAAAAAUAGAAACACCAGAUUAUAAAGGCCGUGUACGGUUCGAGUACAGCAACCCUCUGGAGAACUCUGCUCUGAUUCUUCUGAAUACAGAGCCUUCCGAUGAGGGCACAUAUACUUGCACAAUCACUACAUUUCCCCUGGGGAGCUUUAAAACUAAAAUGUCUCUCACUGUGUGGUCCAAAAUUAUAGCCUCUGUGGACCCCGUUAUUCUAGCGGAGGGACAGUCAUACCGGGUGGCUGCAACGUGUCGUGCAGCGGCUAAACCACUUGCAGGACUCUCAUGGGAAACAGACCUGCCAGGCCAAAGCUUGAACCGCACUCAAGAGAUUGGUGUUUCUACCAUCCAGUUUUCCCUUCACCCUCUGAGAAGUAUGAACGGUCGUAAGCUUGACUGCCUGGUCUGGCACCCAUCCCUGAAAAACCCACGGAGGAUCAGCAAUCAGCUUGUUGUGCACUAUUCCCCAGAUGCAGCAAUCACGGGUUAUGAUGGUAACUGGUAUGUGGGAUUAGAGGGAGCAACACUACAGUGUGAUGUUGAUGGAAACCCAAAACCAGACAAUUUCAUUUGGACCAGGACAGGUGGAAGCUUGCCAGAUGGUGUAACGAUAGAAAAAGAGAUUUUGCGAUUUAACAGGCCUCUCAGUUUGACAGAUAAAGGAGUAUACGAAUGUGUAGCCACCAAUCAGAUUGGCUCUGGGAAAGCUCAUUUAAAUGUAACUGUAACAGGUAUUCUACAAACAUUUGACAAGCUCCUCCUGACCAUUAUUGGAGGAAUUUCUGCAAUGGUGGUGCUUACUCUGGUGAUUGUUAUUAUAACAGUAAACCACCAUCACAAAAAGAGAAACAAACUACUGGCCAUAGAGCUGCAUGAGAAAAAGGAAGAAAUCGACACUCUAUCCAGGCAUGCUUCUAUUAGAAUGGGUUCAUCAAUAGAUACUAAAUACCAGACAGAUGAAAACACACCACUAAGAGUUGAAGGAGCUCAAACCAGUCUCAGUUCUUUGGAACAUCCUCAGUCUAGAGACAGUCAUUCUACUUUAGGAGGAUUGGACUCCCUGGGUCGACCUGUCAUUCUUAACACAUCCAGACGAAGCAGGGAGCGAACAAUGACCAGAGAGAGAAAUGGAGAGAAAGUGCCUAGUCGAGUCAGAUUGGAUGGCAGUUUUACCAGGAUUAGCAAUAUGUCACUGGUAGCUUCGGAGAGUCACUUCCAGCCUCCUCUUCAUCCUUCUUCCUAUCCAGUGGAACACGGUGUUGGAAAUGGAAGCGCUAUUUUACCAGCACGUACCAGAUCAUACAGUGGAAGGGGCAGCUUCGCUGGCAGCCAAGCUGGCAGCAGAGGUCACCAAACACCCUUGAAUUUUAAGUACCCGGUUCUUACAGAUAAGGAAGAGGACGACAUGAAACCAGCUGAUGAAGAUUUACGGCUCCCCAGGGGAGCUACCGAACCAGAUGGCAUUGAGAAAGGGGGCAGUGAGACAGCAAGUUUCCAAAUAUCUGAGGCAAUGUCCACUCACUUUGAGCAAACUAAUGGAACAUUGUGGCCUAAGCAAACGCCUAACAGCAUUAUGAUACAGCCAGAAACCAUCCGUUUUUCACCUCCACAAACAAACAUCCAUCAGCCUCAGAUAGUGUAAGGUCUCUCAGUCUACAGCACUGGACACCAUUACUGAUCCACAUAAAGUUAACAGAUUGUGGAUAGACGUCUAAUGGAAAAUUUCAAUG